UCGAAAAAAAGAUCUCGCGCAACUGAGUUUUUGAAAGAUCUCGCGCAUUUGGAGGAUGUCAGUAUUUCUUAUGUUGCAGUUAUUGCAGUUUAUUACGAGCACAAAUAUGAGUUUCGUUUUUAGCCUACUAGUUUGAGUGUCACGUAGAUUGUGAUGUGGUGCUGCAGCUGCUGGUGGACUAGUGCUCGUUAGUUUCCCUCAGUGAUCUCAGCUGUGAGAAACAUGUUUCCUCAAAUGAUUCCAGGAUAUUUUGGGACGCUGUCAGCGCUGCUCGUAGCGGACAGAUUGCUCCAUAGCUGAGUAGCCGUGGAACAGAAAUCUGCCAGUUUCGAAAUAUUGGCUCCAUUGUCGCUUUGCUACGUGCUUCGCUUACUGUCAUCUCCAGGCUAGAGCGAUGUCCGAUCCUGCAGCGUGCUGCGUGUUGUUGUGUCCUUCGUCGGAGCAGUCGCGUUCCUUGCGCAGCGUGUGCUUCUUCGAUUUCCCGCAUCCCACUGAUCCGCGCUAUCCCCUUUGGAUUGAGCGCACUCUGCGUCCGAAAGACUGGACUCCGUCUCCGACCAGCAAGAUCUGCAGCAAACACUUUCGUUCAACGGAUAUCCUCACAUUGCGCCACGCGGAUGGCUCCGGACGAGCGGAGAAGCGAUUGAAAUACGAUGCGCUGCCGAGUGUUUUCGAAGGCAUUCCGGAUUCCAUGCGUCCGCAGACACAUGUUGUGCCGCGCGCAGACAGCCCGGAGAUUGUUCCGACCACUAACUGUUCGAAGAAGCGUUCUGCCGAUUGUUUGGACGAAAACUUGUGUAACGAAGCCCAGAAAGAAUCUAGUGACUCCCUCAAUGCUUCUAUCGAAGAGGCGGAGGUAUCCACAAAGGCGCAGUCGAAUUUUUCCCACCCAAACGAUGACCCUUCAAGCGUGAGUGCGACCGGACCGCUUUGUCCGUCAGCCUCGAUUCCACGUGCAAAAAAAGCCAGACAUGAUUUUUCACCUGUCGUCUUCCAGUCAAACCCAACCCAGCUGCGAUCCACGUGUUCGUUAGCGUAUAAAAUCGCCGGCGGACAACUUACCGUGUUGGAGAACUGCGCUCAACACGUUUCUGUGGAUUAUCCUGCUGCCACGGACGCCGACGAGGCCCGCAAGUGCUGCGUUCCAGGAUGUUCUAACGGGCGGGAUGAUAAUCUGCAAGGGAGAAUUCAUUUUCACGCAUUUCCCACAGAUAAGCGCUUCCAGACCGAAUGGAUCAAGCGGGUGGCGUUUUCCAGUUUCUGGCAGCCGGCUCCGUAUUCCGUCGUUUGCAGCGUCCAUUUUCUCAACACGGAUUACGGUUUUAUUGGCAGGAUUUUGUGCCUGAAACCGACAGCGAUCCCGUCGCAAUUGGGUUGCCGGAACGGACUGAUGCGAAAGCUGAAUGGACCGUGUCCGUUCAGUCGGAUGUGCGCCAUUUGCGGGUGCUGGAGAGGAUCAAGCAGACCACCUACUACAAGUCCGCGUCCCGGUUGGCCUUUGUUCCGUUUCCAGAAGAAGGGAAUGAACGACUGAAAUGGCUG